UCACCCGGCCGCCGGCCCGACUCCCUUCAGUCAGAGCAAGGAUGGCGCAGGCGUCGGCUGUCCCCUUUGUGCUGCUGCUCCUGCUGGGUGCCUCCGCGGCGAUGCCGGGGGGCGCCCGGGAGGUGGACGUGAGGAGCGGCCAGGCCCGUGAGGCGGCUCGCUUCGCCUUGGCCGAGACUUUCCAGAGCGACAAGGCGGGCUCCGGAGGUGGCGGUCGCCUUUGGACGCUGCGCUCAGCCCAGACGCAGGUGAGAUCCAGAAAGGCUGGGCGCAGGUCAGUGGCGUAGCGUGGGGGGUGCAGGGGGGGCCGGCCGCACCGGGCGCAACAUCUGGGGGUUAGGGUUAGGGGGCGCAAAUCCACGGGUUAGGGGGCGCAAAUUACUUGCCUUGCCCCGGGUGCUGACAACCCACGCUACGCCACUGGCGCAGGUGCGGGGGGACGACCUUGGGGCUGAAAGAAAUGAGGGGGAAUCAUGACUUGGGGGGCACGGGUGCUAGGAGGGAGGAACCUUGGGGCUGGAAGAAUUGGAUGGGGCUCAUCACUGUGGAGGAGCAUGAAGUAUUUUGGGACUGAAGCACGUCGGGGGACUUUGGGGCUGGAAGAAGGGGGGGCUAUGAUUUAGGAUGGGGGAGGAUAAAGUAUUCCUCGUAAUCCAAAGCAUCUGGGGUCAAAGAGGCUGUGAGGACCUCAUGCCCCAAGUAGCCCCCAUCCAAGUCCAUUUAUUGCGCUUAUGUCCGUCCCCCUUUCUCCAGUGAGUUAAAAAUGGUGACCUAUAUGGUUUUUCUGCAUCACAUUUAAUCCCCGUAACAACCCUGUGAGGCAGGGGAGGCUGAGAGACAGUGAGCGAGCUUAACUGUUACACCACCACUGGCUCUCAUGCCAGCCAUUUUUGCCAAUCUACCCCAGUAUUGUGUGCUCUGGCUGGCAGCACUUCUCCAGGGUCUUGGCUAUGGGGUCUCCCCCCCAACACCUCCUUGAUCCUCUGAACUGGGGAUUUAACCCUGGACCUUCUGCAUGCAAAGUGUGUGCUCUUUGUUUUGCCAAGAGACCCAGAAACCCCACCCCUUCCAGUCAAAUUAAUUUAAUUUAGUGAACUAGUUAAGGCAUUUGUACCUUGCCCCUCAGCCAAAAAGAAUUCCAGAGCAGCUUACGUUCAUUCAGUUAGAACAAGACUGACCCUGCCUUCGGGAUUACAGUCUAAAUGACAGGUUGUCAGUGCUUUUUUUUCUGGGAGUACUCAAGUGUACGCAGUACCAGAACCUUUAAUUUUCAAAUGUUAAAAGUGUGGCACUUACUGUAACAACGUCAUGAUGAGUACCGGCACCAUUUUCUCUAAAAAAAUUAAGCACUGCACGUUGUCCAAGGAAAAGAAUGUCCUUCACACAGUGCAUAGUUAAAAUAUGGAACUCACUCCCACAGGAGGUGGUGUUGGGCACCAACUUGGAACGCUUUAAAAGAAGAUUGGACAAAUUUAUGAAGAAGGGGUCUGUCAGUGGCUACUAGCCACAAUGGCUAUGCUCUGCCUCCACAGCUUUUGAAUACCAGUUGCUGGAAACCACAGGAAGGGAGAGUGCUCUUGUGCUUGCUGGUUUCCCUUGGGCAUCUGGUUGACCCCUGUGAGAACAGGAUGCUGCACUUGACGGGCCCCCUUUGUUCUUGUGAAAAAGCGACUGGAAGGGAUGGGAAGUAAACUGAGACAUCAGUUUUUAAAAUUAAGUAAUAAGUUCCCGUAAUUACCAGCUGUCAUUACAGUUCAGGGCAAGAGGCUGAAGCAGCCUGCUACCAGGUGACAUUUGAGGGAGGGGAGGCCUGAUGGCAUCUGUAGAGAGUAUUUUCUCUAUCGGCCCCCGCCCCGAGCUCCACAGGCAUCCGAAAUGGCAAACACAGGACUUAGGAAGUACAGAGGGCCGGAGAGUCUGCUGCUGAGGAUGUUAUUUUUUUUCUUCUUGCUCCCUUUGGGAUCCUUAUUGCUGUCCCAGGUGUCUUCUUGUUGACAAUUAGAAGCACAAUCCACUUAACUCUUAAAAUAGUUACAGGUGGCUUCCAUCAAGCUAGACUGCUUUAACUGGUAUACUGGCAGAGGGCGAGGGAAUCUGCCUCCAUCUGAUUAGCUGGAGUCCUGGAUAAUUGAUGCUGACCUGCAAGUAACAAACCUCUGGGCCGAGGCUGUCACUCCAUGCUGGAGAACUAGGUCAGUGACUAAGAGUAAGGCCAGUGGAAUGCCCUUACAGCUGACAGUCAACAAGAGAAACUCAGCCCCAUGCAUUCCUGCUCCUCCCUCAGAACCAGGUUCCAUCUUUGAUGGAAUCUAAAUAUCAGAAACAAAAGGGUGUGUGUGUUUUAUCAGUAUUUGAAAUGGUCUGCAGGCCUAACCAUAAUUCCCACGAGGAGGCAGCCUGCUCUGUUUAAUUCUUCACUGUACAACUGUUGUUCUGGCUCUCACAGAAGUGUUUUGGCCACAGUUGGCCUCGAGCCUCCAGUAUUGUGCCUGGUUAGUUCUCCAAGUGUGUGUGUGUGAGGCUUUAUUUACUUCCUGGCUUUCAUGAGAGCCUUUUGCUCAGUGUUUGGGAUUGUGAGACAGAAUCACAUAAGAAGAGCCCUUCUGGAUCAGGCCAAUGGCUUAUCUAGUCCAGCAUCCUGUUCUCACGGUAGCCAACCACUCUCUCAUCUCCUGUGGAUUCCAGCAACUGGUAUUCAGACGCAUACUGCCGCUGACCUCCAUGGAAGCAGAGCAUAGUGAUUGUGACUAGUAACCACUGAAAGCCUUCUCUUCCAUGAAUUUGUCUAAUUAUCUUUUACAUCCUCCUAUAAAAGUGUUUAACUAUUUGCUCUGUGAAAAACUCCUUCCUGUUAUCUGUCCUGAAGCUUCCACAUUCAGUUUGAUUGGAUGCCCAUGACUUCUAACGUGACGAGAGAGGGAGAAAAACUUUCCUCUGUCUACUUUCUCCAUGCCAUGAAUAAUUUCAUGGACUUCUGUCACGUCUCGUCUUUUCUCUACGCUAAAAAGUCCCCAAACGCUGCAGCCUUUGUUCAUGGGGGAGUCAUUCCAUAUCCUUGAUCAUUUCAGUUUCCCUUUUCUGAAUCUUUUCCAACUUUACAGUAUCCUUUUUGAGGUGAGGUGACCACAGACUUGGCCAGCCAGCAAGAGGCAGAAUAGUCGUGUGCCUUUGUCUGUCAGGAAUUGUGGAAUGCUGAAAUGUUUCCCAGUGUCAGCAGUGUGCCAGGCAGUGGCUGUGUAUCGUUUUCCUUUCAUGAAGUUCCUGUUCUAUGCAUGUAUGAAUUGAACUUACAGUGUGAGCUUGUGAACCUCAAGUUUAAAGCCGGGCGGUGAACUUUUGAGUCCAGCCAUAGUUAUCUGCUGCCUCCUCCUUCCAAACAAAUAAACAACCAGAAAACCAUUGAGGCCACUCUAGGUCUUUUCCAGUUUCUUCCAAACUGGUUUUGGCUGCUUGCAGGCAGUGAACAUCACUGGGCAAUUUUCCAACGUUUCCCACUUGCCUGAGAGCUGUUCUUUCCUCAUCUCCAGGUGGUGAAUGGAAUCAAGUACUACCUGGAUGUGACUCUGCUGCAGAGCAGUCAGUGCAGUGGGAAGCAGGCUGUGGGGCAAGAUGCUCCUAGUUGCCUCACUCCAGAAGAGCCGGAGCAAAUGGUAAGAAUCAGCAUUGUACUUUCGCUUUCUGGUUAAAAGGGGCAGGGGGAGUGUAGCUAGCACCUUCAAUGUGCUAGAAACCUGGAGUCUGGUUCCCAAGGUAUCCUACUUUUGCAUGGCACUAUUUGAUUUCUCUUUUGAGUUUUUUAAAAAAUAAUCUGGUAGCAUCAUGCAAAACACAUGGGGCUGCAACAGUUAGCACAGGCACUGGCACAUAAUAUCUGUUCCGCAUUUGUAGGAAAUCAGUCUUUUAGUGUGGCAGCACCUGCACUUUGGAACUCCCUGCCAAUUGAUAAUCAGGCUGGCGCCUUCACCAAACUCCCUUCAGCGCCUGGCUUAAAAUAUUUUUGUUUAGACAAGCGUAUGCAGAUACCUGAACAUUGAUGUGUGUUUUAAUCUGUUUUUUUUAUUUAUCCUGAUUUUAAUUUUUUGAAUGUUUUUACUGGUAGUUUUUAGGGUAUUCUUGUUUUCAUUUACCACUUUGAGAUUUUUUUACAAUCAAUAUAAUUUAUUUGUGUACCUUCCUUCACCCGAAGAUCACAGGGCGGUUCGCAACAUAAAAAUACAAAAUGAAAACACAAAAUACAUAAUAAAGCAAAAGCAAAACAAAACAAUAACCUCCCCUCCCACAGAAACAUAUGAAAGGGUGGUAAAAUGACCCCUGUUGAGUGUAUCAGCUCUUGUCUCUAUUCCAACAAUGCUACAAGUCCCUGAGUAUGACCUCUGUGUGCAUUAGGAAAUAGGAUGGGUUGAGACUGAGGGGCACCUGAGGCUGGCACUUUGCAGAAUCUUUCCCUGGUACCUCAGUUUCCCUGGAAGUGUGGAUAUGCAGAUGGCAGUGAAGUGGGAUUUCUAACUCUCCCAUCUCCAAACAGACACCUCUUUGCUUGAAGAGGAGCAGACCUCCCACUGGGACCUGUGGCUGGUGCAAAGUAGUUUGUCCAAAUAUGGUCUCCUCCUUCCAAUGUGUUGGAGAAAUGAGGGCAAGUUUGAUGUCCAGGAGAUGAAUGGGGAAGUAGCAGGUCAUCGCCCAGAAGCUUGGGAAGGUUACAGAUUUGCUUUGGUUUGCAUAAAGCAGCGUGUUAACAACAGUAAACAUUGGUACUGUUGACUCAGACUUCUCAUUAUCAAGGCUACGAUCUCCAUAAGCACAUGCCAAAUUCAGUUUGUCCCCCCUGGGUCUCACAUGUUUAUCUUGUGACCUGGCAUCACUGAAUCUCUUUGCAUAAACUUCCCCUCAAAUAAGAGCAGUUUGGUUUGGCUGGCCAGCCUGUCAGCUGACAGUGCCUCGUGUAGCUCCAGGGGUUGGGUGCCAAGGAGGAAGAUAGAGAGCAUUGACAUCAUGUAUACUGACUGGCACAGUUGCUUUAUCCAAAAGUUUAUCCUAGCCUUACCUGGAGAUUGAACCUGGGUUGUUCUGCAUGCAAGGCAGAUUCUCUACCUCUGAGCUACGUAAGAUGGGUUUGAUCCAGCAGGCAGGCUCUUCUGAGAUGCAUAUGGUGUGCUCGAUCCCCCAAGCUGAAGACUGAAGUGGUUGCAACCCAGGCACAACUAGCCCUCAGUGCAAGAUAUCUGACAAGUACACACACUGACCCUCUUGCUAGGACUUACAGUGUUACUUCGGGUUACAUACGCUUCAGGUUACAUACGCUUCAGGUUACACACUCCACUAACCCAGAAAUAGUGCUUCAGUUUAAGAACUUUGCUUCAGGAUAAGAACAGAAAUCGGGCUCCGGCGGCACAGCAGCAGCAGGAGGCCCCAUUAGCUAAAGUGGUGCUUCAGGUUAAGAACAGUUUCAGGUUAAGAACGGACCUCCGGAAUGAAUUAAGUACUUAACCCAAGGUACCACUGUAUUUUCAUGAGAUCAGCCUCAAUUAAGAUGCAAAAGGUCCUCCCAGUGAAGUGGCUGGUAGGGAUAAAGCAUCUCUGGUAAGAUGAACGCCCCAAGGCACCUUACUGUUUGGAGUCAUAGACCAUUAGGUCAUAGAAUCAUAAGAGUUGGAAGGAGACCCUGUGGAUCAUCUAGUCCAAACCCCUGCAAUACAGGAAUAUGCAGCUGCCCCUUACGGGGAUUGAACCUUCAACCUUUUGGGAGGAGGGCAGCCCUUUCCUGCCAGAGCCAGAGGUCCUGACUUCCUUUUGCCUCCUCAGAUAGCCCAGUAGGCCCCAUUUCCUCUCCUAGAGUUGAUGGCAAGGCAAUAUUUCUGAUUUCCAGCCUUGCAUCCUUCCGCCUCACGCAUCUUAUCUGAGUGGCUUGUCCUUGCUUGCCCUCCUAACCUUUUCUGUUCUUCCCUUCCAGUCAUGUCACUUUGAGGUCUGGAGCCAGCCCUGGGCAAACAGGAAGAGGCUGGUGAAGCAAGAGUGUCGCCUGGCUGGUAAGUCAGGUCUGGGUACUCUGUCUGAAGCGUUAAAAGCAGAAAAUACAGUCAAGAAGGCAGGGCCCCAAACCUUUGCAUACUGUUGACAUAAACAGUAGCUCCCUGAGCCAAGCUUUUCCUUCAAGGAUAUUGAUUGUAGAAACCAGUAGCAACCAGAACGGGUAAGAUAACUCUUGUACCGGCCUACCUACUUCCACAGAAUUCUCCUUCAGGAGGCAAAUAGCCUCCACACUGUAAUGCUCCAUCCAGGUUGGACUCCUAUCAGUGCAAAUGAGCAAAUGCAACUAGGUUCAAAGUCAUUUGGAAUUCCUUCAUCUGGGGCUGCCAACCAUUCUUUGGCCCAUGGGGAUUUACAAUCGAGUGCUGUGGGCGCCACCGAGCCUGGUUGCUUCUCUCUGCGUCCUCUGGAUCAACCCUCCUGUCAGAGUCCACACAUACACACUCUUUGCCUUUCCAAGGGAUCUGGAUAAAAGCCAAUAAUAUUAAUCCGAGGCUUGAAAAGCACAUAGAGUUGGAAGAGGAAAUGGGAAAGAGCGCCACUUUUCCAACUUCCUCCUCCUGUUCAAGCAGCCCCCCGUUUACUCGGGCUUUACGUUCUGAGGUACUGCGUGCGUCAGUGAAAUCAUGUAUAAUUGAAACCCAUUGAAAAAGCCUGCAAACACCCUGCUCUGCCCUUUUAGUGACAUUUCAGUGACAGCUUUAUGAUGUUUCUGGGUCACUUCUGGGUUUGGCGCAAUGCACACGCACAUGGUUGCACACAUAUGGAACGUGCCUAAAUGGGGGUGGGGGUGCUGCCUGUAUGUACCUUUAAAGGGAGUAAAAACCUAACCCUAAGCCUCACGGCCUCAUGACCAAGUGGGUAGUGCGGGGAGGGGCUUUGUGGGGGCCAGGAGAAGGUUGCAAGGCACUAUGAUGUUGAUACCUGGACUUACAUCAUUUGCGAGAUGGGUGUCCGUGUGUAAUUGAUACAUGGCCUCACCUUUUCUCCCCAGGCACAAUGAAUCAUUCAGGGGCAUGAAUCAUUAAGGUGUCGGCUGCUGGGUAAAAGAUUUCCUUCUGCAUAUCUGGUUAAGCACAUAUUUCUGCGAGGAGGUGUAAUGAGAAGGAUUGGGGGUUUAGCUGAUAGCCAUUUAGAAUGUAGGUGACUUUUGGAAUACAGUAGUACCUCUGGAUACGAACGGGAUCCGUUCCGGAGCCCUGUUCGCAUCCAGAAGCAAACGUAUCUAGUGAUGGCAUGUCUGCGCACGCACGCAUCACUUUUCGCCGCUUCUGCGCAUGCGCGUGAUGUCAUUUUGAGCGUCUGCACAAGCGCAAGCGGCGAAACCCGAAAGUAACACGCUCCGUUACUUCCGGGUUGCCACGGAGUGCAACUCGAACGCACUCAACCUGAAGCGCAUUCAACCCGAGGUAUGACUGUAUCCACUUAGUCUGGUGACUGAGUGUGGGAUAGUAAAUAAAUAAACACACACACACCCCUUGUUCUUGCAGAGCCAUCGGAAGUAGUCCACGCAGCAAAACUGGGGGAGUGGGAAGUGUUCCGUCCGAAGGCACCUGCCAAGGAAGUCGAGGAGUUAGCCCAGGAAGAGAGGUUUCUGCAGGUGAGUGUUAUUCAUCUGCCUUUUGGAGCUGGGGUGUGAACUCUCUUAGCAGGGCAAAGCAGGGCUGUGUUCCUGCUGACUGAGUUGUCUCUUUCUCUUUUUUCCCUUUAUAUCAAAAGCGUGUACAUGUAGCUUGGAUCCCAAACGCCUUGGUACUCUGACGUUUUAGCUCCCAAAUGCCGCAAACCUGGAAGUGAGUGUUCUGGUUUGCGAACUUUCUUUGGAACCCGAACGUCCGACAUGACUUCCGAUUGGCUGCAGGAGCUUCCUGCAGCCAACCAGAAGCCGUGCUUUGGUUUCCAAACAUUUUGAUAGUCGGACGGACUUCCGGAACGGAUUCCGUUCGACUUCCGAGGUAUGACUGUAUACAUUUGAGACAGCCACAAUCUUCCAAUUUUGGUCAAAAGUGCACAGCGUUCCUGUUUGCAUGUUCCUGAUUCUAACAUUAGGGAAACUGGAUGGCUGAUUCAUCUUGGGUACUUUGAUAUCAUCUGCCUAAGAUAACCUUGCUUCUGAUACAGUGAUUUAAAAAAAGUAAUUGGCUAGGGUAAUGAAAGGUCAAAGGUCAAAGAAAGAUGGACAGGUUUUUGGCAGGCUGGCAUUUAUUCAUUGAUUUCAUAAAAUGCUAGGAAUCUGGUAGAUCAGUUCCAACUAUAUAUAAAAUAGUUUGGUCUUUUAAAGAGUAAGACAGGAUUCAUUGUAGAAGGGUUAGAUUAAUUAAGAAAAAUGAAACGUGCAUCUAAUUAAUGGAGUCUUUUGUUUAGAUUAUAGGUUAUAAGAGACAAUGAAUGCUGUAAAGAAAAAUAAUAAUACUAUUGAAGAUCAAAUAUUAUGUUUAAUAGGUUCUUAAUACUACUCGUAAAAUAUAUUAUGCUAAAGAAAUACAAUAUUAUGCUGGAAAUACUGUUCAUAGGAGGGAAGGGGGCUAAUUUAUAUUUAUGCCCUAGUCAACAUUAUUUCUGCAAAACAGUUUGGAAAAUAAAAUCAAGUCGCAAUCUGCAGUUGAAGGCAGCAGCUCUGUUUCUGUGAUUCAGUUUCUUGUGUACCAGUUUCUCAGUUCUGGAUUCUUCCAUCCCCAGAAUGCCUCCAACCACCUGGUGCCCCUCUUCAAGGAGUUCUUGACAACUUAUGAGAAGAGCUACAAGGACAAGCAAGGUGAAUGUUGGGUGAAGGAAAGUGUCAAAGCAACAACAUGCCUGGGCUGCCCUGUGUGGUGUAAUGGUUGGUCUAGGACCUGGCAGAGUCCAGAGUUUAGAAUCCCCACUCAGCCAUGAAGCUCGUGGGAUAACCUUGGGCCAGGUGCAGUUUCUCAAGUCUGAUGUGCCUCGCAGAGUAAUUGUGAGGAUAAAAUAAGAAGGGCUGGGAGAACUGUGUGCGCCACCUUGAGCUCCUUGGAAGGAAAGCAGGAUAUAAAAUGCAAGAAAUAAAUAUAAGCUGCAAAGGUCUGGCUAGCUUCUCAGCAGAGUUCCUCUGACGUUCAGAUUUUGCAGCAGGCAUGGCUGUGCUUGCUUGGGCGGUUGGGAGUUGGGAAGGCAGGCAUUGGGAAGGCCACAGGCUCCCCACCUCCCUUGUCUGUCUUCCAGCUUCUCCUGAUCCAAUUUGGCAUCCCUCCACUCCUCGGAGCCCACCAGCCCACGUACACACUGCUGGCUGUAGCAUUCUGCAUGUUAAGCAUCCUUAAAGAAUUGUAGGCAUAACUGCUCAUGGAUAAGAACCAAUAAGAAUCAAUACUCAUGCUCAGUCCUUGUUUCCCUGGCCUGCUCUUUUAGAGACCGAGAGGCGUUUCCGCAUCUUUGCAGAGAAUCUGGAGAAGGCCCGGCUAAUUCAGGAACUGGAUCAGGGCACGGCAGAAUACGGUGUCACCAAAUUCAGUGAUCUGACAGGUAGGUGAGGACGGGGCAGGGACUCUGCUGCUAGCUUCCCCUCUGAAUCGCAGAGCUACAGCAUACCUGUGUCUGGUAGACCCACCUUCGCCAACCAGGUGCCCUCCAGAUGUUGCAGGACUAAAACGCCCAUCAGGAGGGCACCAGGCUGAACAGGCUGCAGUAAACAAAUGGUAUUAUCUACAAAACUGCUGCCACUUAGUCCUAACAGUGCCACCACAAACCCUCUCUGAAAAGGCUCCAGCUAACAGGUUAGAGUCUUGCCUUCUUCAUCCUGCAAUGUGGUAAGUUUUACAUAUCCCAGCUUCCUUGGAAAGUGCAGGUGUCUCAAACCAGAUAUUUUAUUUUUACAUUCAGUUACUCGCAUUAAGGAACUGGGAUAAUACAUUAUCCAGAUGUGCAUGUUAAAAGGGGUUUUUUCAAUAAAAGAGAGAGAGAAUGAAACAAAGUGAAUAAAAGUAGCAUAAAAUAAAGCAAAAAUGGGUAUCUAAUGUUUUUAAAAUUACAGCACAAGUUCCGAAGAGGAAAGAUACAGAUCUGUAUUUGUGGCAGAUAGAACUCAAGAACUUCAAUUAGCCAGGAAGGCUAGAGUGUCAUAUUUUAUGAAAUCUGGUGCUUUCGUCUUUUCAUCGUGCAAUAUAUCUUUCUCCUUUAUUUUAGAGGAGGAGUUCCGCUCCACGUACUUGAAUCCGCUGCUGUCCCAGCUGCCUGGUCGGCCAAUGAAACCAGCCACCAUCCCUAAAGAUCCACCCCCUGAUGCAUGGGACUGGCGGGACCACGGGGCUGUCACAGGUGUCAAGAACCAGGUUGGCUUUCCUACGCCCCACUAUGGAAGCAGCUGCUUCUUCAAGGGGACCGGGUUGGGCUUAAAGUUUCCAAAGGGGAUAAACGUUCCACUGUUUCCCUGUGUGGGUUUGUUGCGUGAGGUUGGUGAGGAGCUGGAAGAAGGUAGUAUCCCAGCUUUGUAUCAAAUUGGGAUGCAAGGCAGCUUACAACAUGUAAAAAACGUCCUCAUAAAAUGAAAAGUAAUAAAACUAAUUGAAAGCAGUAGUUGAAAUACAUCGAAACACAUUUAAAACCAGCAGCUAAAGUACAUCAGCAUCGUCUGCACCUUAGUUUUCAAAGGCCUGUCUGGAUACAAAAGUCUUAAGUCUGCCAUCAGAAGGAUGACCAAGAGGGAGCCAGUUCAACCUCUCCUGGGAGAGGAUUCCACAAUCUGGGAGCAGCCACAGCAAAGGUUCUGUCUCGUGUCACCACCAACCGUGUUUCUGAUGUUGAUGGGACCAAGAAAAGGUACUCACCUGAGGAUCUUGGCACCCAGAAAGGUUUAUAUAGGGAGUUAUGGUCAUUCAGGUAACCUGGUCCCAAGCCAUAUGGGGCUUUCUAGGUCAGAACCAGCGUUUGGAAUUGUGCCAGAAGUGGACCAGUAGCCAGUGAAGUUGUUCAACAGAUGUGAGAUGCCUUCUUCCAGGCUGCUUCUGAAUUGUCUCCUUUUUCAUCUUAUGGCCAGUUCAUACUAUCUGGAGUAACCCUUUCCUUUUCCCAAUGACUGCAGGGUUACUGUGGCUCCUGCUGGGCCUUCUCUGUGACGGGCAACGUGGAAGGGCAGUGGUUCCUCCACAAUGGCACUUUGGUCUCCCUCUCUGAGCAAGGUAAGGGAAUUCUUUGAGGAGGCCUGGCCUCUCAUGUUUGGAUCUGGGAGCUUUCUGGGCAGCAGAGCCAAAACAAAACAAAAAAACCACCAGUGAAAUCAUUGGUUGUGCCUUGUUUACAUGGCCGCGUUGACUCAAAUGUUUUACAGGUAGAGGAUGCCUGCAUUCUCGAAGCAGAUUUUAUUUUUUGCUUUCAUUACCUUGUUAUAACCCAUCCUGAGAUCACAUAUGGCGAAGAGCGAAAUGUAACUGCUUUGAGUUUUUUCUUCAAUCAAGUGGCAUAUAAAUUUUAUGAAAGAAAUGUCAUCAAGAAAUAAAUUGGGAAGUUGGCUGACUUCAGGAGCAAGACUGGACAUGUCUUUAGGGGUGCUCACCCUCCAGUUUCCAGCUGACCUGAUUUCUGCUCCCUCCACAGAGCUGCUGGACUGUGACUCCGUAGACAAAGCCUGUGGAGGAGGACUUCCAUCCACGGCCUACGAGGCCAUCGAAGGGCUGGGUGAGUCGGCAAAAUAUUCUUGCUCCAGCGCGGCACUUGGUCUGCAGCUUGUUCCUCUGCAUGUGCCUUGACAUCCAGAGAAUAAGAAGUUUUCAGUGUUCAGAGACUUGUUUUCACAACAGUCUCUGAACUGGAGGAACUGGGUGCCUUGAGCACGGUGGUGCUGGAAAUGCUGGUUUGUUCCCAAGGCUAAAACGUAACCGAGUUUUGUCAGUUGCAUCUAGAGCACCAUUCAUGCCAGAUCCUUCCCUUUUAGAAAAAAUCCAUUCCCUCUUUCUUGGGGCAAACCCUGAAUUUUUCAAGAGUGCACAUGCUGCCUUUACUGCAGUUCCCCAAUGGCUGUGAAGCAACCACCACAGUGAGGCUGGAAGAUGCUCUGUUUGUUCAGCCGUUUGUUGACAAUGCAAAGUCCCUCUUCAGAACUGCUGGAUUCUGGCUGCUGUUGAUUUCUCACGUAGGGGUUGUUGUUCCUCGCUGCUUUUAUUGUUGGAAGCUGCCUCUAGAAGUAUUAAGGUAAAGGGACCCCUGACAAUUAGGUCCAGUUGUGACCGACUGUGGGGUUGUGGCACUCAUCUCGCUUUAUUGGCCGAGGGAGCUGGUGUACAGCUUCCGGGUCAUGUGGCCAGCAUGACUAAGCCGCUUCUGACAGACCAGAGCAGCGCACGGAAACACCGUUUACCUUCCCACCGGAGCAGUACCUAUUUAUCUACUUGCACUUUGACGUGCUUUCGAACUCCUAGGUUGGCAGGAGCUGGGACCAAGCAAUGGGAGCUCGCCCCGUCACGAGGAUUCGAAUGGCCGACCUUCUGAUCAGCAAGUCCUAGGCUCUGUGGUUUAACCCACAGCACCACCUGCAUCCCACAGAAGUAUUAUUAGGGCAUAAUAAAUGUGUAGGGUUUUUUUAAAGCCACUCUUAGAUCCUUAUUCUGCACAGCAAGAGCCCCGUCUGUACACAGUUUUCCUUGCCAGGUCAUCACCUUCCUUGGCCUUCCUGAUUCUCCUCUUCUUCCCCAGGCGGCCUGGAGACAGAGCGCGAUUACAGUUACGAGGGGUUCGAGCAGAAGUGUGGCUUCUCCAAGGAUAAGGUGGCCGUCUACAUCAAUAGCUCCGUAUCAAUAUCCCGGGAUGAGACAGGUACGUGUCUGAGACCAUGGCUUGGGGUGCCAGUUAGUGAAUCAGAUUGUGGGCCUCUUAAUACCUAGAGAGAUCUGGAACACUCUGCUGUGGAAUGAGGAAGGCCACUUGCUACUGCCUAGAGCAAGGGUUGGGCAAACUUUUCCCAGCCCCAGGGCUGCCUUUCCUCUUGGCCAAACUUCCAGAGGCCACAUGCCAGUGGUAUGUGGGGCCAGAGCAGGCAUAGGCAAACUUGGCUCUCCGGAUGUUUUGGGACUACAGCUCCCAUCAUCCCUAGGACCAGUGGUCAGGGAUGAUGGGAUUUGUAGUCUCAAAACAUCUGGACAGGGCAACAGAUGUAAGAAUUGGUGUAGACAUAUAUAUAUGUUUAUGAAAAUAUUUAUAUGCUGCAAAUCAUAACAAAAUAAAAGCAGUGUACAAUAAUAACUAUAUAAUAUAAAAACACAUUUAAGAUCAGAGACCAUCAUCUAAGUGUUAUGGAAAGAUGGCUUCUUAAUUGCUGGCAUAAGCUUGACGACAUGGAGAAGUUCUCAGCGGGUUUUUUUUUUUUAAAAUAAAUUUUAUUAACCGACCAAUCAAAUCAAAUCAAAUCACAUCACAUAAAUUCCGAAUUACAAAGCCGAAUUUUAAUUUUUUUGUUGUUGGGGGGACCCAUAUUUCAAGUUCCGAAGGGGAUUCCAAUCAUCUUCUUGCUGCAAAUCUGUACAAAUAAUGUUCAUAAUUCUAUCCAGUCCUAUCUUGCUAUUCCCACAUCUCGUCUUAUUCGUAUAUUUUUCUUUUUUUCUUUAUGAUCUCUUCUGAUAAUCUCCUUAAGCAGGUAAACACCAGUUGUAAUCCUGUGUGAAUUUUCCCAUUCGUCCAAUCAUCAUGUCGAGAUGGUUUCCAUAUAUCAUCACUUUCAUAAAUAAAAGCACUCUUUCCAUCAUUAGUCUCGCAAAUCUGUCGCUUUCUUUAGUCCCUCUGAGGAGGCUCACCCACAAUAUGAAAACAGAUCUGUUCCUCCUCCCAGACAUAAGUCUUUCGACAGAACUUGCCAAAAUGGCGACACUAUUUUUUGCUGCGUCAUUCCAAAGCUCUUAUGCUUUCCACGGUCUCCUUAAAACAUGCUUUGGUUAGAAAAAUAUCUCCACACAGUCUUAAAUCCUCAGCUUAAGUCAUUUAAACGGCACUUGUGACUUGUGGGGGGGGGAUUCUUGGUUAAUCACAUAGAGAAAAGAAAGGAAAGUCCCCCCCCCUCCAGUCCCGUUGCCGAACAUACCGAGCCUUGGUGUGCCUUCUCAUGAUUUAUUCCUGUUCCUCCGACCCGUCUUGUUUACCAGAGAUCUCUUCAGUUAGCAGUCUUUACUCCCCAUUCUUCCUUGAAAUAUGUGCAUUAGCUUCCUCCGAAUUGUUACUUUUGAAGUUGCUGCAGCUAGAGGCGCGAAUCAGAGACAGCGUCCAGGAGCGCCAAAAUCCGCACAAGGGCUUUCUGCCUAGUGCCCCCACCCCCUCAAGUUCGGGGGUGGUAUAGGGCACAGCAGGCAAGGGCAGUCCCCCCCCACGCUUGGGGGGGCCGGGAGGCUGUUUACUCCCAUCACAGCCUCUUAAUUACCUCGUGUGGGUCAAAGAGAUGUUAUUGUCAGCCAUCUUCCGAUGCGCCCUUAGUGGCCCCCCCUUCUCAGCGGUUGUUUAAAAGGAGCUGGAUGCUGAAUCUCUGUUAGCAGAGUGUUCCCCAGGACUAGGCCAAUAAGACUAAAGACUCUUAUUUCACGUUGAUGUCAAAUGACCUUUGCCAACUCAAGGGAUGACCAAUGAGGUUCUUCCAGGUGAUCUUGGUAACUGAGCCAGGAUAUAAGGGUUCAGGCCAUCUCUAAGGUACCUUGGAUCUAAGUUAUUCAGGGCUCUGUAAAAUCAAUACAAAGACCUGGCUCAGUAGUAGAUGGGCAGCCAGUGCAGAGGUUAUUUACUCCCUCUUCAUCCAUACAAGCAAGAGGUAUUAUCAUGGUCCAAUAACACAUUCUGGCUAAGAAAAAACACAGGGCAGGGUCAUAGACACUUGUGGCCUGUGGGAUGGAUUUAGAGGUCUGGAUGACUGCAUAGGUCCCUGAGGUACCCCAGGCCAGCCCUGGAUGUUCUCUGGACUUGAUAGGUGCCCUUCUUGCCGCUUUUAUGGCUAAGAAACAUUCGAGACCACACACUUUGAUACUUAACAGCUUCUCUGCUGAGCCAUCCUGCUACGAUCUCUUGUCUUACCUGCUGCCACCAUGCAUGGGUGUAGGAAGUGCAACUGAGGCCAGGGAGAGGCAGCGUAUCAGUAUCUCAAAUGCAUGGUGAUCCACAUGUGUAAAAUGCUUUUGUUUUCUGGGGCAGGGCCUGCAGCGCAGCUCCCAUAAGCUCCCUCUCCCUCUCUUAUAUCUCUCUGCAUCAUAUAAUGGCUUUGCAUAUUAACCAGUCACUCUCUCCGUUUCAGAGAUCGCUGCCUGGCUGGCUAAGAACGGCCCUAUUUCCAUUGCUCUGAACGCCUUUGCCAUGCAGGUGAGGGAGCCCCUGGAGGGCCAUGCUUCUUUUCCCAUGUAAGGAACAGAGGUCACCCUUUUGGUCAAAAAACAUUCCCCCACAUCAUUUGUUGAGCGGGUGGGGAGCAAAAUGAAACCCUCUCAAAAAAAUCACAGUGGAGGGACAGAAAUCUCUAUGUAAGUUUGAGCAGGGAGUUGCAUUAACUUUAUGAUGUGGCCAUAGGUUUUCCAUUUUCCCUUGCUUUUUAAAACUUAAAAAAAGAAGAAAAGAAAUCCUGGGAUGCCGUUGGAGCUCUGCCACCUCCUGCCCCAGGACUCAGAGCCAUCUCUGAUUCAGGACAGGCAAAACAAAGCCCUUCUCCACACAGAAAUAGAACUGUCGAAUUUGCAAGCGCUAAAUGCAGCAAUGGCCACUAAUGUGACCGGCUUCCAAAGCAGGUUAGACAAACUCAAGGAGAAUAAGCCUGGUGACGGCUGCAAGCCAUGAUGGUUAUUUUCUGCCUUGGGAAGCAGCAUGCACCUGAACACCAGUUGAAUCGCAGGUGGAGAAGAGAGUAUUGCUGUUGUCCUUGCGAGCUUUCUGAUUGGUCACUGAGGCAGACUGCUGGGCCUCUGGUCUGAUCCAACAGUUAGCCCUGCUUGCAUUUCUUUUACACGGCUUACUCUGCUUCCAAAUUCGGAUUGGCCUAGUUCAGUUUUUCUUGCUGUUUGAGAGAGGGAGGGCUGAGUCAUGCAGAACAUGAGGGAACAGAUCUGUUCAGAGGGGCAAGGACUCCUUGCAGCUAGGACACAUUUGACUUUCUUAGUAGCUUCACACACAGACCUUCAAGCCCUCCCAAAUUGCCUGAAGGCCCAAACAUUGCACAGGGUGCAAUAUGUAUGUAUUAAGUUGCUUGGAGUCCAGGAUUGUCUCUGAGCCCUUUCCCCCUUCUUCCCCUGUCCAGUUCUACAGGAGAGGAGUUUCCCACCCCUUCUUCCUGCUCUGCAACCCCUGGAUGAUUGACCACGCAGUCCUCUUGGUGGGCUACGGCACACGUAAGUGGCUACUUUUACUUUCGGGGGGGGGGAUGCUCCCAAAACGUGAAGGUGGGGAGAUUCACUCUGGAAUCUCCAUUCCUCCACCCUGCAGUUUAGCGUUCAGAAGCAGUCUCCAUCUGUGUUCAAUAAGCUUGCUUUACUUUGUUCUUUCUAAUUUAUUUGCGUGACCUAUCUAAAAUAUUUUUUUGGUGCCACUCUACCUCAUUCCUAAAACACUCACACAAAGAGUUAGAAAAAAUGCAGAUGAGACCUUAAAUUACCCUAAAGCUCGUUCGGUUAAAACCUACUUGCGUCUGGGCAAAAUAUAUUAGAGCAGUUUUACUACCGCUGGCACCUGAUGUUUGUCUGAUCUAAGUCCCUAGUUCUCAUGAUUCCCAAAGUUUCGCUUCAGUUGUAACAGGUGUGACUAAUAGAGGCUGAAGGAGAACUACACGUGGGGUGUUUCCUUGCUUGUGAUGGAUGUUCAGAGGUGGGCAGGGAGCGGUGGGUGGGUGGAGGAAGCAGGAAGGGUUGAGGAUGAAUUCCUUCCUGCUUGCAAAAAGCUGCUGGCUUCCAUCCAAGGAUGCUGCAGAGAUCAGAUCCGUCUUAAGCCACUUCAAGAGAUCGAUGGGUUGAGAGAGCGGGGGGGGGGGGGGACUCUCUCGAGGCAUAGAUGGAGGAUUUUAUAAAAUUUAUAUGCUGCUUUUUGGUGGGGACGACUCAAAGAGGUUUACUGCUUGCUCUACCCCUGACGACUCUCUUCUGUUUCCACCUGUAUGCACACGCAGGGGGCCGUACUCCAUUCUGGGCGAUCAAGAACAGUUGGGGAGAGAACUGGGGAGAGAAGGUAAGCAUUCUUCCAAACUCAGCUGGGCGACCUUUCCCCCGCUCUUGGCAAUCUCUGUUCACAUCGUAAGGAAGGGGCUGAUACACUGAAAGCUCAAGAGUCAGGCUUGUGUAACUGCCUGCUGCCAACCCCCUAACCUAGUGUCUCUUUGCUUGACAAUGCUUUUGAGGCAAGGAGGAGCCGGUGCCAGGGUAUGGCUGACUUCUUCUUAUGUUGUGCUGGCCAAUGACAUGCUCAUGUGCAGGCAGAAGGUGGAGAUAUAUUUUAUAUAUUAUAUAUAUAUAUAUAUAUAUAUAUAUAUAGUCACAAAAUGUAAGCUCAGUACAAUCACAUUUUAUGUAGAGGUUCAAGUCCAAGGGUUCUGCGUAUACAUGAAAAUUGAAGUAAGGCAGAGCAAGCCAGGCAGAGAGCUUAGAAGCUCUUUGCGCCCCAGGUAACUGCAAGUGGACCCAAUGCAAAAAGAGCUCUUAAGCUAUCCAUCUUGCUUGGGACUCGACUUGCACAAAUUCAGCCAGCUUGCCUUCAAUGACAUAUGGUUGAAACUUAAAUGCGUGUAAGAUGUGAUCAUACUGUGGAACUGCUUGAUUGUAAAAAAUCUCAAAACAGUUUACAGAAAGGAUAUACAGUGGUACCUUGUGGUACGUACUUAAUCCGUUCCAGAGGUCCGUUCGUAACAGGAAAACUCUUGUAACAUGAGGUGCGCUUUUUCUAAUGGCACCUGCUGCCGCGCCGCGACUUCUACUCGCAUCCCGGGGCAAAGGUCGCAACAAGGGGCAUCUACUUCCAGGUUAGCGGAACGCGUAACCCGCAGCAUUUGUAAGGGGGAUGAUACAUAACACAAGGUACCACUGUAAAACCAUCAAUGAAAACUGUCAAAACCAGCUUUUAAAAACUUUACUACAAACAAUUAAAAACACAUGUAAACAUUCUACAUAUUUGGCUAGGUUUCCAUAAACAAAAAAAGUUUUUCGCAGGCACUGAGAAGAGUAAAGAGAAGGCGUCUGCUGGGCAAUGGUGUCAAUGGGCAGGGAGUUCCAAAGUGUAGGAGCUGUCACAAUAAAAGGUCUAUUUCUUACGAAUGUGCAACAGGUAUUAUGUGGCAUCUGUAACAACACCAGUUUCACAGAUGUAAGUGGGCAUAUAUAUGGGGUGAGGUGAUCUCACAGGUAAACUGGUCCCAAGUUGCUAAGGGUUUGGUAUGCUGAUAGUAACACCUUGAACCUGGCCUGGGUAGCAAAUGGGCAACUAGUGCAGAUCUCUGACCAGAGGGGUUAUAUGCUGAUGGGGUCCUGUCAGCAAUUGUGCUGCAGCAUUCUACACUAACUGCAGCUUCCCGAUCAAGCGCAAGGGGUGCCCCAUGAAGGGUGUGUUGCAGUAAUCCAGUCUUGUAGUAACCAAUACUGUGGCUAGGCUUUCCUGGUCAAGGAAAAUCUGUGCUGCUUACUGACAAUUGCCCCAUGUCUCUUUUCAGGGCUACUACUACCUAUACCGUGGCAGCCACGCCUGUGGCAUGAACUCAAUGUGCAGUUCUGCAGUGAUAGAGUAAGCCUCUCAGGCCCCUUGGCUGCCUCCGGUCCAAAUCAUCAACUUGCUGGCUUUCCAUCCAGCACCAAGAUGAAGAUCGGAGCACCUUCCCUGUACAUUAUUCUGACCCUGUUUACCUAUUUCCCUUUCCAAAUAGCCCUGGUUAGGCCUAGUGCAUAACUGAGAAGAUCUGCCCCUGCUCCUGCCUGCUGCUAUGAAUGGUAGAGACUGGAGGUAGCAUGUCCUAGGAUAGGACCUUAACCUUGCUGAGAUCCUUCAACCAGGCCAGGAUUGGUGCUGGUGUGUGUUUAAAGGGUGCUCCCCUUUCCAGUAGGAGCAGAUUCCUUCCCCCAGCUCUCAGUGAAGGAGUACUUGGUGCCUGGGCAGAUGCACAGAGGAUGGUGAAGGGGACUUGCUCCUCUGAAAUGGUUAGGUCAUCAGCUGCUCCUCGCUGUGAGCCUCCUCUUUUACCUUGGUCAAUCCUGAGCUGCUUUUUGGAAGGCAGACUGGGAAUUGGGGCCGGGGAGGAAGGGGCAGCGAUCUAACUACCAUCUCCCAUCCCAACUCCCUCUGCAAAAAGCAGGUUUCAUUACUGUUUUUUAACCAUAGGCCUCUUAAGUUUGGGCCACAGCUCAGUAGAAGAGCACCCACUCUGCACGCAGAAGGUCCCAAACAGUUAUAGAAUCUCAUACAGUCCUGGAAUUGUAGAGUUGGAAAGGGGACCCAAAGAGUCAUCUAGUCCAACCCUCCAAUUCUCAGGAGGCAGGGCUAGGGAAGGCCCCCCUCAAGUUGAAGAGCUGCUGUGCUAGAUGGACAGCAGACAGUCUGACUUGGUCUAAGGCCAGCUUCCUGUCUCCAUACAACUUGGGGAACCAGCUUGCAUUUAAGAUGAGAUGUUCCAAGGAACUUCACAACUCACUCAAGCCCACUUAAAUAAGUGCAGGUGAAUUUUCCCUUCCUUGUGGAGACGAGGGGAGCACAUUUAACACCCUUAUUUCCCAGUUAGUCAGGGGCUUCUUUCUUUUGCACUAUCCAAGUCUUCCCACUCCCCUUAGGGAUUGUAGCACUGAUAAAUGCCCCCCCCCCCAAAAUGGGGUACCCUUGUUUCCGUUAGCUCAAGUCUUCCUCUGCUUCUGGAAGACUUGACGUGGUGGAGCCACAGCCUUGCAGGACAGUCUUGCCUGUGGCUGGGCGGCUCCACUAGCCUGUAGGAAAAGUAACCAUUCCAGUAUUAGUCAGCUUUUGCACUUAGAUGCCAUGAAAUCUUUCUCCCUGCACCCACUACAAAAAAAGAGGUCAAACCCAGCCCACAUUUUUUUUUAGAUUUAGCUGCUCUGUAUUAAUGUUUGCUGCUAGAAUGGAAAUAUUGGUGGAAGGUUUGAAGGCAAUGCUGAGAGAUGAUCCCUAGCUUGGUCAGUCCUAAGCACCACCCAAACCUUCUCCUCCAAGGAAUCCUACUUGAGCAUCCCCCCCCCCCCCAUUGAGCUCAGGGCUUUUGGGGAGUGGAAGGCAUAACUAGCACUUGCAAAAUGGCUGCUAUAGAAAGUGUUUUUCCUUUUAUUGCUGCUCUGAACACCCCACCCCCACCCUGAAAAAGCUGUUUCCCCUUCAGGGACUCUAAUCUCAGCCAGAAUGGCCUGAAAGUGGCUGCAAAAAAAGUGUUUCUGGAAGACACAGCUGCUCAGAUGGCUGUGCCUUCUGUCUGUUACUUUAAAGAUGCAGCCUUUGGUGUUUCUGUAAUUCCACACUAAUAAAUACUGAUGGACUCUGAACUAAA